GGCUUUCUCCCUUACAGCCAUGUCAGCUAGUGCAGAGGAGGCAAAUUCAUCGAACACGGGUACGUUCGUCGCAGCACUGGUACUUAACGGUGCCGUCGCAUUUGUACAAGUCAGUGCAUUCUGCGUCCUUAGACCGAAAUUCCCUCACAUCUAUGAACCAAGGGUAACAAAGCCACCUGUGAGACAUAGAGCUACUGCUCUCACUAAAAAUAUGUUCACUUGGGCUGUGGAGGUCUUCAAAGCGCCCUAUAAACCGAUAGCAAGGCACAAUGGUUUAGAUAGUUUCAUGUUUAUUCGCUUCUUACGUAUGGUCAUCAAGAUGUUUGUUCCUAUGUGGCUCUUCUCAUGGGCUCUUCUUUUCCCUGUAGACAGCGCAAACUCCGGUGGUACUGAAGAAGGUCUCAAUAUGUUCACGUACGGUAAUGUCGCAACUAGCAAUCAUCCUCGUUAUGCCGCUCAUUUAUUAACUUCCUGGAUUUUCACUUUCUGGAUAUUUUACCUCAUUAAAUCUGAAAUGACUUAUUUUAUUAAUGCUAGGCAAAGUUACCUUAUCGAUAAAGAACACUCGUCCCUUCCGCAGGCGAAUACCGUCCUCAUUACGGGUGUACCUCAAUCACAACUCACAGUCGAAAAACUUACUAGCUUGUUUUCACACCUCCCCGGUGGUAUUAAGAAAGUCUGGAUUAAUCAAAACCUCAAGAAACUCCCUGAAAUGCACGAAGAUCGUUUGAAAGCGUGUAACAAACUUGAAGGCGCCAUCACUAAGCUUAUCAAGACAGCUAAUGAAAUGGAACUCAAACGUGGAAAGGCUGAACAGAAAGGUAAACCGGCUCCAAAAAAGACUAUUGUCGAUGAUGUUGAGAAAGAGGAUAUCGGUGCUGCUGAAAAAUUGGUUCCAUCAAAGCAACGCCCAACUCACAAACUCGGUUUCUUGGGAUUAUUCGGCGAAAAGGUUGAUUCUAUUAACUGGUGCAGAGAUGAAAUUGCCAGACUUAACGAAGAAAUAGAUGAUAAGCGUAAAGAGGUACUGUCAAACCCAGAUGAUUACAAGCCACAAGGCGCAUGUUUCAUUCUUUUCAAUCAACAAUUAGCUGCACAUCUUUGUGCUAAGUCACUUAUCCAUCAUGCUCCUUACAGAAUGGUUGAAAAAUACUCUGAGGUUGGCCCUGAAGAUGUCAUCUGGACCAACCUUAAUGUUAAUCCCUACGAAAGAAAACUCAAAAUUGUUGCUAGUUGGUCUGCUACUAUUGCCAUUACCAUCUUCUUUGCUAUUCCGGUUGCUUUCGCUGGUAUGGUUUCAAACGUUGACUCUCUUUCAAGCCAGUACAGUUGGUUAGGAUGGCUUGGUGAUCUCCCUGACCCUGUAAAGGGUAUUAUUCAAGGUGCUUUCCCACCAGUUCUUGUUGCUAUUCUCUUCGCUUUGGUUCCAAUCAUUUUCCGCUUACUUUCCAAAUUCGAAGGUACUCCACGUAAUACAGCAGUUGAGUUAUCUCUCAUGCACCGCUACUUCUUUUUCUUGGUAUUCAACGGUUUCUUGAUCACCACUCUAUCCUCUGGUAUUAUAAGUGCACUUGGUCAAUUAGCAAGCGCUGAUGUUACUUAUUAUCCACAAAUUCUUGCGAACCAAUUACCAGGAGCGUCUAUUUACUUUAUCACCUAUAUUACAUUGCAAGGUUUAUCAGGAUCCUCUGGUGGCUUACUUCAAAUUGGUGGUCUUGUUGUUUACUACAUUAAAGCAUGGUUAUUAGGAUCAACGCCACGUGCUCGUUGGGCUAUUUUCAAUACUAUGCCGGGCGUGGCAUGGGGUACACUUUUCCCACCACUUUCACUCCUUGUCGUUAUCACAGUCGCUUAUUCAAUCAUCGCACCAGUCAUGAACGGUUUCGGUGCUGUUGCUUUUAUGCUGUUUUAUUUCACUUACAAGUACAACUUCCUUUACGUUUAUGACAUUAGUCCAACAUCAGACACUGGUGGUUUAUUCUUCCCAAAGGCCAUUCAACACAUCUUUACAGGAAUGUACAUUUCGCAAAUCUGUCUUGCUGCUCUCUUCUUCUUGGCAAAGAGUGAUGAUGAGCAAGUCGCUAUCGGAGAGGGUGUUGUUAUGGUAAUUUUGAUUGUCAUCACUGUUGGUUUCCACAUCAUGAUCAACAACUCGUAUGAACCACUCUGUGAAGCCUUGCCAUUGACUCUUGCAUCUAAGACGUGGGAUCAACAAGGUGAAACUCAGCCACUCACUUCUGACAAUGCUCUCGAACACAACUCAACAGUCGACAGCACAAAUGAGGGUAUCAGAGAAUCAAGUGAUGGCAGUGUUCCACUUGCUGAAUUGGGUAAGAGUAUGGGUAAAGUAUCAUCAGAUGAAAAGAAACUUGGUAACAUCGAUGAGUCUCAUCCAAUUGAUGAUAACACUCCACCACCACCAUUCAAAGAAGAAGUUUCAUUUACUCACCCAUCUAUGUCUGAACCACAACAAAUCAUCUGGGCAGCCAAGGAUGAGUACGGUAUUUCUGAUGAGAUUAUAGCCAAGUGUAAGAAGGACAACAUUAUUGCUACAAAUGACAGAGCUUGGAUACACACCAAUGAGAAGGGUAAACUCAAUAAAAUUGAAACUAAAGGGUGGCCACCAGGUGAAGACCACAAGUUCAUUUAGAAACCAAUAGGAUCAAUUUGUUUAUUACCCAUCUGGAUGUUUUUCUCGCUGGAAUUUACGCAGGCACGCAAGUACAGUUUAGUUUAGUUCCUCAAACUCUAUUUAUAAUCAAUAAUACUAUUUAAUUUACUUUUAAUAUCAAACACGAUUUCCUUAUAUACAUUUCAUAUCUCUAA